GUUUCUCACCUAAAAAAUGCUAUGUUGUGUCCUAUGCUUAUUGAGAAUGCAGCAUCUGGAUGUAUUUUAUCUUGCAGUAUGAUUGUUGUUAUACACUUAAAAAAAUUUGCAGUAUGUUUUUUCCAACAAGCUUUAAGGAGUAACGAAAUUAUUUUGUUGCAUGUUUUAGUUUUAGUAAAGAAAACAAUUCACUGGAUGCAAAUUGGAUAUAUAUAGUAUUUAUGUGGUGCUUUAGGAAAUGUGGAUUGUUUUUACAUAAAAAAUCAACGUCAAGCAUUUCAAUAAAAACAAGAUCAUAUUUGCAGGGCAUCCAAGUACAAUUAUAUUUCAUUAGAAAGCAAAGCACAAAAUUACCUCCAAGUCCUCCUCCUGAGGGGUUAUGUUGUGGAAGUGGUUGUGACAGGUGUGUAUGGGUAAUAUAUGCAGAAGAGUUAGCGACUUAUUAUAACGAUGGAGGAGAAAAAGCUUUUGAAGCUUUAAAACUUGUCCCUGAUUCAAACGUUCGAGAAUUUCUUAAAAUGGAUCUCAAAUUAAGACUGAAAAAAUUUAAGAGGGAUUAGUCAUAACACAUUUGCAAUGUCAAACCGUUGUCAUUAGGGAAAGUUAUGGUCAUUUUAGCACCAAAAAUUACCUGCACAGUUCUGUUUUAUUUAAUCUAUUUUAUAUUUAUUAUUGUUUUAAUUGUAUAUUUAUUAAUUUUAGAAUAUGUUUUUGAUUGUUAACUGAUUGUUUUAUACAUAUAUAUUUUAAGUUUUGUAAUGCUUGUAAAUAAUGUUAAAAAGUA